CUCGACAUUGGUGGUGUAGGACACUGAAGAUCUUCUGCCCUCCGUCUGUGGUACUCUCGCUCACGUGGUUUCCACCAUGUUCAAAUACGCUCUCCUAGCCCUCGCUCUAGUCGGUGCUAUCAUGGCCCACACCAUUUCGAAGCGGCAGGCCGUUGAUUGGAACGACCCAGUCGCACUUGGUGAGGCCAUCGUUGCCAUGUUCAAUGGCCAGCUAAGCUUCCCGCAAUACAACCCUGACAGUCUCCCAACGACCAAAUUCGAUUGCUCUCAACAGCAGCACGCUGGCUACUAUGCAGAUCCGGAAAUGGAAUGCCAGGUGUUCCACGUGUGCAACCAAGAACUGGGGAUUCAGUCGACCUUCAUCUGCCCUAACAUGACGGUGUUCAGCCAAUACUACCUGACGUGCAUGUGGGCCCCAGCAGUGGAUUGCCAAGCCUCGUCUCGAUAUUACGCACUGAAUGCCAAUCUCUUCCAAGGCCCGAACCUCGACUACUGGGGCAACACCGUCCCCAACCAAAUUUUGGCUUCCCCCAAUAAGAAGUAAUAAACUUUUUUCUACGCUUCCAGUAGCAGACACGAUAUUCUGAACGAGACGUGCCAUGAACCUGCCGACGUCCGGAAGUGUUCCUCUCCCUUCCUAUGGAAAGUGUCUCUUUUUCUCUCAGACUUCUCGACGAAAGAAUUCGAUCUGCCGACGCAGGCGUCCCCAAAUAAUCUUUUAAACACUUUUCCUGAAAUUAGGACCCAGAGGAAGGGGGUGGAGAAUAAAAGGAAAUUACUUUUCAUAUAAGACGAA